ACCUGAUGUCCUUACCGAAACAGGUUUGGUAGAGCCUUUUCUAGGAAACUCCAGCCUAAGCAAUGCAGAGUUGAAAUGUAGGUGUAGCCUAAUUUGAAUGUGUCCAUCAAAAAGAGGGCGGGUAUAGUAGGCGGAGCGUAAAGCAGGGAAGAUUUCAGCUGCUGUUGGGGGGCGCCAGUAACAGUUUCUUCUUGGUCUUUCUUUUGGAAGGAAAUAUCAGAGUGCAUGGACAAACGUUCUAAGCCCUGGGACAUAUGAAUAAAGAAAGCAGAAGAGGACCUUGCCCUCAUAGACCUUACAGUCUAAUAGCAGGUGUUUGCUGAAGGCAGUUUACUCAGAUCACUAUCACCUGGAAGUGGUUGAUAUAUCCUGGUACGAACCUUCAAGGAAGAAGCAACACGACAAUAUGGACCAGCAACUGAAGAAAAAGGUAAAGACUUGUGGCUGGAAAGGCUUGGGUAGAAGAGCCUUCAGUGGGGAUAAACCAAAGCCAUCCAAGCCACGGCCAGCCCAACAAGAACCUUUUGACAUGCCAUGGGCCUUAGAAGAUGAAGGUGUAUUCUUUGAAAGUAGCCACCUAGUUGUUGGAGAAGAUUCCUUCUCUGAUUGUUACAUAGAAUGCAUAAUAAGAGGUGAGUUUUCUGAACCCAUCCUGGAAGAAGACUCACUGAAGUCCCUUAACUACGAGGAAGAAGAAUCAGAACAAGAGCUUUCUCAACAGGUUCUUACUGCAAGCUCGCUUCUGGGAAAAUCCUUGAAAUGUGUGCAAAAAGGGGCAAAACAAGAACUUUCUCAGCAGACUGGAGAGAAUUCACAGCUUGAGUAUUCAGAGUAUGAGACAGGCAAGAAGCUUUCUCCUGGAGGAAUACCCAGCACUGAUGUAUCAGAUCCUAAACAGUUUGCAGAAUUUGCUAGAAAGAAGCCCACAAAAAAUAAGGAAUAUGAUGCUCCAGAAAGAAUUGUUUGUCCUCACAGUGGAUGCACAAAAAAGUUAAAGAAUAGAGCUUCCCUGAGAAGGCAUCUCCUCGUUCAUGCUCCCCGAGAUCAUGUAUGUGCAGAAUGUGGGAAAGCAUUCAAUGAGAGUGCAAAACUAAAAAGACAUUUUCUGGUUCAUACUGGAGAGAGGCCAUUUCGGUGUACUUUUGAAGGGUGCGGAAAACGUUUUUCCCUGGACUACAAUUUGCGUACCCACGUACGUAUCCAUACUGGGGAGAAACGUUUUGUGUGUCCCUUUGAAAGCUGUCACAAGAGGUUUGUCCAGUCAAAUAACCUGAAAGUUCACAUGUUAACUCAUGCAAAGACCAACAAAAAUCCGUGAAAGAGAAGAUAGAAAAUAAUCCUUAAACAAGAUGAGCAUAUUAACAAAAUAGUGAUUUGGGGACAUAUGUACCUUAUUACUAUCUCCCAAAAAGAACUUUUUCAAGCAAUUACAACCCUACAGGGUAUAUAUUUUUUUAAUGUUACUACAAUGCUCCUAAAACUUAUGAUAUCAUUUUAGAACAUUUUAGAGCAUUUGCUAAAUGCUCAAUUUCCAACAGUGUAUUUCUAAUGGGAAGGCCAGUAAUUAAUUUACUUCAAAAGCAUAAUCCUUAAUACAUUAUGAAUUGGAUUACUAGAUUUUCACAUGCUAUAAGUACGAAAUUACUUUUUAAAGUGUGUAGUUGCCAAUUGUUUAGCUUUUGCCUUUUAGGAAUAAACUUCAUGCUAUGUGUGAUAAUCAUAGAGAAUGAAAAUUUUGCUGUAGAUUGUCAAUAAGUAAAUGAGUAGUUAAACAUUUUUAAAAGAUAAAUAUUUUUUAAUCCUUUUUUAUCAUUGUAUGAAACUAUACUGAAAUCAUGUAGUUAGAUUUGAAUAGUUAUUUGGUAGUAUCAAUUCAUUUGAGUCCAUUUUAGGUAUUUUAAAAGGAAAUAAAACUCCAGAGAUGCUAAAUCUGCAUUAAAAAAAAUCAGAGAAGUGUGCCUUGAAAAGAGAUACCAGGGGCGCCUGAGUGGCUCAGCUGGUUAAGCGUUUGACUUCGGCUCAGGUCACAAUCUCAGGGCUCGUGAGUUUGAGCCCCAUGUCAGGCUCUGUGCUGACAGCUCAGAGCCUGGAGCCUGCUUGAGAUUCUAUGUCUCUCUCCUUUUCUGCCCCUCCCCUGCUCAUGCUCUGUCUCUGUCUCAAAAAUAAAUAAACAUCAAAAAAUUAAAAAAAGAAAAGCAAUACCAUUUAUUUGUCUUAGAAAUUAACUAAACAUUGCAAAGGUUAAUAUUUAAGUAUUGGUGAGGGGUGAGGAGAAAGCUACCCUUCUACAUGGUUGGUUAAGAUAUAAAUUGUCACAGCUAUUUUGGAGGUUUUUUUUGCAAGUGUGCUUUAUAAGUUUUCUAGGGCUGCUAUAACAGUACUACCAAAUGAGUGACUUAAAUAGCAGAAAUCACAGUUCUGGAGGCUAGAAAUUCAAAAUCAAGGUGUUGAAAGGAUUAGUUCCUUCUCAGUAUAUGAAAGAAGGAUCUGUACCUGGCUUCGCUUCUUGGCUUUUAUAGAUGGCUGUCUUCAUGUUUAUGUGGUUGUUUUCCUUUACAUCCAUAUCUCUUCCCUCUGCAUGUCCAUGUCCAGAUUUCCUCUUACAAAGAUACCACUCAUUGGACUAGAACCCAUCCUAAUAUGCUCAUUUUAACUUGACUACCUCCAUGAGGACCCCAUCUCUAAAAAAGGCCAUAUUCUGGGACACUGGGGUUAGGAUUUUGAACAAAUUUUUGGCAGCACGCAGUGCAAACCGUAAUGUGCAUUCCCUCAGAUUCUGGAAUUGUAUUCUACAGAAAUAUCUGCACUAAUGUGCAAAGAUAUUUGUUCAAGGAUGUUGAGCAAAGCAUAUUGAUUAUAAUUUCUAUCUUAGAUGUCCAUUAAAAGGGAACAGGUUGCAUAAAUCAUGAUACCUCUAUUCAGCAGAACGUGUGCAGAUAUCCUUAAAGGAACUCUGACUGUAAAAGAAAGGAAAUAGGGCCACAGCCAGAGGAAAGCCACAGAGUAGGAGGAGGUUUGUUGUUUUUAAUAGAUGGGACAGAAUCUGGGGUAAUUCAUAUGCUAUGGAAGAAAAUUCAGAGAAACUGGUUAAAUAUUCUGGAUAAAGGGAGACACUGUGUUGUCCAGAGGCAGCUGGUGAAAAUAAAACUAUAGUUUCAAUAUAAGGAUUAACUGAAUCCCUAACUGGAAUAAUAUGAUGGGCAGAACAAAAUGCAGCUAUCAAACUUGGAAUGUAUCUCCCUUCCCUACAUUAAUAAUUAUAAAUACUCAGAUAUAGUUAGGAUAUUACAUUUGAGGUAAAGAUUUAAGACCCCAUUGUUGGUAAUGGUAGGUAAUAUGUACCAUAAAUUUAACAGCUUUUCAGGGGAAAAAAAGAAAAGGAAAGUAGAUCAACUUUAAGAUUAAUUUUGAUUUGAAAAAUGCCAGAAUGUAAAAUCACAUGAUACCAAAACAAUUAAAGAAAAAAUGAAGGACUUAUAUUUUGGCCUCAGAAGGAGCAAAUAGUUACUACGUAAUAUUGUGGAAACUUUAACUUUUUACUUAUAAUGUAUCUGGUAUGGCAUUUAUACCAUCAUUUCUAUAGGAAUGUGGGUCCUGAGUUUCUAAGUCAAAAGGAACACUGGAUACAUAAUCCAUUUAUAAAUUUGGAAUUUCCUCUAAAUCAAACACCUGAGUAUAGAAUUUAGGAUGGAAUUUAGCACUUGAUUUGACGAAGAUGAUGGAGCAUUUUGUCUUGUUUUUGCUUUAACAUUAAUGUGUUUGAUUUGUUCCUCUAUGGAUUUCUACCUCAGAGUUGAAUUAGGAUGUAGUAUCUCCAAAGGGUAAGUAAAAGGCAGGAUUAAAUAGAGAGCAGUCAA